AUGCCGAUGGUGGAAACAGAAACAAGCCAUCUGGAAUCACAGCAAUCACAGCAGCGAUUACAGUAUGCAUUGAUGAGAUCUAAUAUCCCUCAAACGGCUUGGAAUAGUCUAGGUCCGCAUGUAGAGAAAGAUGCAAGAAAGGAGGACCAGCUCCAGAAAAGGAAAUCAGUGCAAAGUCCUCGGAUUUGUGCUGGAGCUUUGGCUCAAUCUCCAUUAUCAUCAAAAUCAGGGGAGUUUUCUAGUGGUUCACUUGGAACUUAUUUUGGGGCAGUUUCGACUACUGUUGCACUUGGAGCAACACAAAAGGAGAAGUCCGCAAACACCUCAGCUCCUACUGUUGGUGGGAACCCAUCUAUGACUUCCAGUGCUAAUGAUUCCAUACAACGGCAACACCAGGCUCAAGUUGCCGCGAAGCAAAAGACAAAUUCCCUCCCUAAGACCCCAGCAAUGAGUGUUAGUAAUAUGAGUGUCCCAUUAAAUGCAAACAGUCCUUCAGUUGGAACACCACCUUUGGCUGAUCAGACCAUGCUGGAAAGGUCAUUGUCUAAGUCACUAGCAGGUGGCAGCAUGAAUAUCUGCAAAAUAAGAAUAAUAAAAAUUCUGGAGCCAGAUAAUACUGCUUCACAUAGGGUAAGAGCUAGGAUGAUCAUGUCAGAGAAGCCAUGUGGUACUGUAGCAAUGCAUUAUGGAGAAAUAGAAGAUGGUGAUUAUUUGGCUGUGGAGGAUUACCUUCCUACAUUGCCGAAUACACAUUUGGCCGAUUUGCUUGCAACGCAGCUUUGUUCACUGAUGAUACGUGAAGGAUAUCAUGUGGAUGAUCAAAUCCGAACAAAACCAAUCCAAAUGAAUCUUGCCUCAGGCAGCCAAUCAAAUGCUGCUGGAGUCCUGCACAAUUCAGUAGCUGAGAUGCAGCAAUAUCCAGAAGCAGUUUCUGGUCAACCAUCAAAUGAAGUUGCAAAGCCAACUAGCAGUGGUAAUGCCUCUCUAAACUCAUCCCAGAAUCCUUUAGCAAAUGCAAGGAUGCUGCCUCCAGGAAACCCCCAGGCCUUACAGAUGUCUCAAGGACUCUUGUCUGGGGUUUCAAUGCCCCAGAGGUCACAACAGCUGGACCCACAAUCAUCACUUCAUCGUCAUCAUCAUCAGCAGCAGCAACAGCAGCAGCAACAACAACUACAGCAACAGCAACAGCAACAGCAGCAACAACAACAACAACAACAACAACAACAACAACAACAACAACAACAACAACUGCAACAACAACAACAACAACAACAACAACAACAACAACAACAACAGCAACAACAACAACAACAACUACAACUACAACAGCAGCAGCAGCAACAACAACAGCAGCAGCAGCAACAACAACAACAACAACAAAGCCAACAUCCUAUGAUUCCACAGCAACACUCCCAGUUCCAGAGGUCACCUAUGAUGCUUGGACAAACUACACUUUCACACUUCGGGCAGAAUCCCAGCAUACAGUUGAGCAACAGCAGGGCUUCCCAACUUCAGGCGUUACAGCAGCAACAGCAGCAGCAACAACAACAGCAGCCACAAAUACAAAGGAAAAUGAUGAUGGGACUUGGAACAGCUGUGGGUGUGGGAAACAUGGGCAAUAACAUGGUUGGUCUUGGGGGCCUUGGCAAUGCCAUGGGCAUGGGAGCUGCUAGGGGAAUAGGAACUGGAAUGUCGGCACCAAUGGCACCUAUUUCUGGUAUAGGGAACGUUGGCCAGAAACCAAUGAAUCUUAGCCAGGCUUCAAAUAUUACCAGCACAAUAAGCCAGCAACUUCGAUCUGGAUUGAAUCCACAACAUGCUGCUCUCGUGGCAAGAAUGGCACAGAAUCGAGCAAACAUGUUAGGGGGUCCUCAGUCAAGCCUAGCUGGGAUUUCAGCAGCCAGACAGAUACAUCCAGGCUCUUCUAGUCUUUCAAUGAUUGGUCAGACUUUAAACCGGACUACCAUCAACCCAAUGCAACGGGCAGCCAUGGGGCAUAUGGGUCCACUGAAGUUGAUGGUGGGGAUGGCAGGGAUGGCAGGGAUGGGUAUGUACAUGAACCAACAGCAACAACAACAGCAGCAACCACAAUUACAGCAGCAACAGUUACAACAGCAACAGCAGCAGCAGUUGCAGCAGCAGCAAUUGCAACAGCAGCAGCAACAGCAAUUUCAGCAGCAGUUGCAGCAACAACAGCUACAGCAGCAGCAAGAAACCACCUCACCACUACAGGCUGUCGUCUCAACUUCGCAGGUGGGCUCACCAUCGACCAUGGUAAUACCACAACUGAACCAACAAAUGCAACAACAGCAAGCUAGUCCUCAGCAAAUGAGUCAACGAACACCAAUGAGCAUUCAACUGAGCUCUGGGGCAAUCCAUGCCUUGAGUGCUGGUAAUCGAGAUGCCUGUCCAGCUAGUCCACAGUUGAGCUCUCAGACCCUCGGUUCAGUUAGUAGUAUUGCCCACUCUCCUAUGGACCUACAAGGUGUGAAUAAGGGCAAUUCUGUAAGUAAUGCAUAGUGAAGCACAAAAGUCUCAGGGUUUGCUUCAAGUGCUGGUUCAAAGCCUUUGGUGGGAAGGUCAUUUUUAGUUCUUGAUUUUAGUCAGAAAAACCAGUACCUAGAAAGUAAUAAAUCUGAUUUCAAAAUGCCCUGUGCUUUACAAAGUGUAUAAACUAGCUUGUAGGCGUUGCAGUGCAAGGGGUUCAUUUUUGUGAAUGUUA